CUUGAAACGUCAAGUCUUGGCAGUCGGUUAGCGUCAAGUCUUGCUGCGAUUUCGAACGCCCAGAAACGCAACGCGCGCGAGUGCAAGUCAAAUCAAACCAAACCAAACAGCAACCAAAAGCAAAUAAAUACAAACCAGCGAAACGAGCACACAGUAUACAUAACAGCCAAGUGACGUGACUCAGUGCGGUGAUGGGCUCGCUGGCCUAGCUAGUGCAAACAAAACGAAUCGAAUCGAAAACUUAUAGUUCUUAGCGAAAGCAUUCAAAACAGAUAGCUGUCCAGACAGUAAACCCUCCUCCAGCCAUGAUGAUGAACGCCUUCAUCGAGCCCGCCCAGCACCACCUGGCCAGCUACGGGCUCCGCAUGUCGCCCAACACAACCGCCAGUAACGGCAACCCGCAGCAGCAACAGCAGCAGCAGCAGCAACAGCAGCAGCAGCUCGAGAUGGGCCAGCAGCAGCAACAGCAGCAGCAGCAGCCGCUCCAGGAUCAGGACUCGGCAGCGGUCACGGCCGCGGCUUACCAGAACUCCGGCUACGGGCACUUUAACGGCUACGCCUCCCGGGACUUCCUGCUGGGCCGCAGGGAAGCCGACUACGGGGUGGCCGGCUCCGCCGGACAGGCCACCGCCGCGGCGGACUCCAUGCUCUUCUCCGGCUUCCCCGCCCAGGCCGCCGAGCUGGGCUCCGGCUUCGGCCAGCACCCGUUCCACAGCCACCACCACGCGGCCGCCGCCGCCCACCACCAUCAGCACCAGAUGCGGAUGGGCAUGGCGGACGCCUACGCAGCCGGGCACCCGUACAACCACCACAGCAACUUUCCGGCGGCCGCGGUGCACCACCCAGCCGUGCACCACCCGGCCCACCAUGCCAUGUCCGCGAUGCACCCGGCCGGAGCCGGGGCCUUCCUGCGCUACAUGCGCCACCAGCCGACCUCCGCCGCCUCCAGCGUGAAGCAGGAGAUGCAGUGCCUCUGGAUCGACCCCGACCAGCCCGGCCUGGUGCCGUCCGGCGGUAGGAAGACCUGCAACAAGGUCUUCCACUCGAUGCACGAGAUCGUCACCCACCUGACGGUGGAGCACGUGGGCGGACCGGAGUGCACCACCCACGCCUGCUUCUGGGUGGGCUGCUCCCGCAACGGACGCCCCUUCAAGGCCAAGUACAAGCUGGUCAACCACAUCCGCGUCCACACCGGCGAGAAGCCGUUCGCCUGCCCGCAUCCGGGAUGCGGCAAGGUCUUCGCCCGGAGCGAGAACCUCAAGAUCCACAAGCGCACACAUACGGGCGAGAAGCCCUUCAAGUGCGAGCACGAGGGCUGCGAUCGCCGGUUCGCCAACUCCUCCGACCGGAAGAAGCACUCCCACGUCCACACCUCGGACAAGCCCUACAAUUGUCGGAUCAACGGCUGUGAUAAGUCCUACACGCACCCCUCCUCGCUGCGCAAGCACAUGAAGGUGCACGGCAACGUGGACGAGAAGAGUCCUUCGCACGGCUACGACAGCGAGGGCGAGGAGAGCAGCAGCUCGAGCAUCAUCACCGGAGGAGCCCAGACGCCGCCGUCGACGCGGCUGGACGGGAGUGCGGGCAGCAGCAGCGGGGUGAGCAGCCUGAGCGGCGGGAGCGGGCUGAAGUCCUCGCCGCACUCGAUCAAGUCGGAGCCCAAUCCGCUGCACAGCGUCCACCUGGGCGCCUCGAGCAGCGGCAGCAGCAGCACGGCCAGCAGCAGUGCCUCCCACCUCCUGCAGCAACAGCAGCAACAGCAGCAGCAGCAGCAGCAGCAUCAGCAGCAGCAGCAGCAGCAGCUGGCAGCCCAUCCCAGCGACUCGAAGUCCUCGCCCGCCCUGCAGCUGAUGGCCGCCUCCAGCUCCGCCUACCUGCCGCCCCCACUGGGGCCGCCGCCCUCGCACCACCACCCACACCACCACCAUCAGGCGACCGCCUCGCCGGGAGCGGCCUCCGCGUCGAUGCUGCACCACAACCACCACCUGCUGUACCACCCGGCGGCGCAGCACCACCCGCCCAGCGAGUGGUAUCACUCGGCGGCGCCGAGCGGGUCCGCGGAGGCGAUGAACCCGCUGAACCACUUCGGGCACCACCACCACCACCACCACCUGAUGCACCCCGGCGCGGCGACGGCGUAUUGA